AGGAGAAGAAGAAGAAGUCUAUGGAGGCAAGAUGGCAGCCGCGGCAGUGGCUGAGUUUCAGAGAGCACAGUCUCUUCUUGGAACAGACCGGAAUGCCUCUAUCGAUAUCUUACAUUCAAUAGUGAAACGGGACAUCCAGGAGAGUGAUGAGGAGGCGGUGCGUGUUAAAGAGCAGAGCAUCCUGGAGCUUGGUGGGCUACUGGCCAAGACUGGACAAGCUGCAGAGCUCGGAGGUUUGCUUAAGUAUGUACGGCCCUUCCUCAACUCUAUCUCCAAGGCCAAGGCAGCCCGGCUGGUCCGCUCCCUGCUGGACCUGUUCCUGGACAUGGAAGCUGCCACGGGUCAGGAGGUCGAGCUCUGCUUGGAGUGCAUAGAGUGGGCCAAGGCUGAGAAAAGGACCUUCCUCAGACAGGCCCUAGAGGCUCGUCUCAUCUCACUGUAUUUCGACACAAAGUGCUACCAGGAGGCACUACAGCUGGGCUCCCAGUUGCUGCAGGAGCUGAAAAAGAUGGACGACAAAGCCCUACUGGUGGAAGUCCAGCUGCUGGAAAGUAAAACAUACCAUGCGCUCAGUAACCUACCCAAGGCCCGUGCCGCCCUUACAUCUGCUAGAACAACCGCCAACGCCAUCUACUGCCCACCCAAACUACAAGCAGCAUUAGACAUGCAGUCAGGGAUCAUUCAUGCAGCAGAGGAGAAAGAUUGGAAGACCGCUUACUCUUACUUCUAUGAGGCAUUUGAAGGCUACGACUCCAUCGACAGCCCCCGAGCCAUUACAGCCCUUAAAUACAUGCUGCUCUGCAAAAUCAUGCUCAGCGCGCCAGAGGAUGUGCAGGCCCUAAUCAGUGGCAAACUAGCACUGCGAUAUGCUGGAAGACAGACCGACUCACUGAAAUGUGUCGCUCUAGCCAGUAAGAACCGAUCGCUUGCAGACUUUGAGCAGGCGCUAACAGAGUACAAAGCAGAGCUGAGGGAUGACCCCAUCAUUAGCACCCAUCUGACCAAGCUGUACGAUAACCUGCUGGAGCAGAACCUCAUCAGGGUCAUCGAACCUUUCUCCAGAGUCCAGAUAGCACACAUUUCCUCCCUCAUCAAACUUUCAAAGGGAGAUGUGGAGAGAAAAUUAUCACAGAUGAUCCUGGACAAAAAGUUUCACGGUAUUUUGGACCAAGGUGAAGGUGUGCUGAUUGUGUUCGAGGAGCCGGUGGUGGACAAAACAUAUGAAGCGGCCCUGGAGACCAUUCAGAACAUGAGCAAAGUGGUCGACUCGCUCUACAACAAAGCCAAGAAGCUCACAUAAGAGAGAAUGAAACCAUUGGACCUCCUUUCUGGAGCAAUGCGGGCCAGUCAAACCUCUGUUGAUUGAUCAGUUCAACCUGGAAGGGACGAAGGGAGGAGGAUGAGGAGAUUCUGAACACUUUAUGACCCAGCAAGCAAACAAACAGACCAGCUGAUUACUGAAGACAACUUAAUCAGAACAACAAACUGACUGGGUGGACAUGCUGCUCCUCUUUGUCCGCCUGCACACUUCUUCUCUCUCUCCUUCCUGUCUCCUCCUUCCAAUCUGACUGGGGUUGAUCUGACACAACAUGGACAAAUCCAGGCACUGUGCCCCUCCUCUCUCCUUCCACCACUGGUUUCUACUGUAUGUAAAAUUGGACUUGCCUCCCUCGCCCCACUUUUUUUCCUCUGUUUCUCUCUGCGCUGGCCAUCAGGGAAUCUUGUAAAAUACCAAUAAAGAAUACAUAUACA